UGCCUUUAAGCCCACCAAGAAAUUUGAAGUUUUCAAAUGUGGAUCACAGCUCAGCCAAAAUAACAUGGGAUCCACCUCCAUCAAAGGUCAAAGGCUAUCGCAUUAUGUACGUGAAGACAGAUGGGACCGAAACCAAUGAGGAAGAAGUUGAUCAAGUGUCAGCACACAUUCUGAAGAGCUUGACAUCUCUCACUGAAUAUACUGUAGCCGUUUUCUCCCUCUAUAGUGAGGGUCAGUCUGAGCCACUCACGGGAAGCUUUAGCACAAAGAAAGUUCCGUCACCUGAAUUUUUGGAAAUCAUUGAAGUAUCUACUGAAAGUUUAACAGUAAGCUGGAAGCCACCAUCCUCUGAUGUGGCUCUUUACCGUCUAGCAUGGAUUCCAUUGACUGGCGAAGAAGCUGAUGAGAUCAUCUUAAGUGGAGAUGUGGACACUUACGAGAUCGAAGGCUUGCUACCCAAUAUGGAAUACGAGGUGUCCUUGGUGGCCCUCUUUGAUGAUGAAAGUGAAAGUGAUGUUGUUGCUGUACUUGGGAGCACACUUGAAAUAUUGACUACUGAAGUAACUACUAUUACUACAGAAAGUACUACUACUCCUCAGCCUACAACAGCAGUCUUUCGGACAGGAAUAAAAAAUCUCAUGGUCGAAGAUGAAACUACCUCAAGUCUGAAAGUCAAAUGGGAUAUUACGGACCUCAGUGUUUCCCAGUUCAGGGUGACGUAUAUGAAGGCUGAUGGUGGUCACGGGGAGGAAACGAUGGGGCAAUAGAAGAAGAACCAUUAGGUUGGGGAGCAUCUAGGCAUUGUUUCUAUCAACUCUUUCCUGGCACAAAAUAUAACAUCAGCGUUUACUCACAAGUUCAGGAAUUGGAAGGGCCUGCUGUCAGUAUAAUAGAGGCAACACUGCCCUACCCAACUGAGCCACCACCAACUCCUUCAACCACCACUCCACCGCCUACGAUUCCUCCAGCAAAGGAAGUUUGCAAAGCUGCAAAGGCUGACCUGGUAUUUUUGGUGGAUGGAUCUUGGAGUAUUGGAGAUUCAAAUUUCAACAAAAUAAUUGGCUUUCUAUAUAGCACUGUUGGUGCCCUUGACAAGAUUGGUCCCGAUGGAACUCAGGUGGCAAUUGCCCAGUUCAGUGAUGAUACGAGGACAGAAUUUAAAUUGAAUGCCUACAGAAGCAAAGAAACUCUACUAGAUGCCAUUCAGCACAUAGCCUACAAAGGGGGAAACACCAAAACAGGCAGAGCAAUUAAACAUGCUCAACAGAUCUUAUUUACCUUGGAGUCUGGGACCAGGAAGGGGAUCCCAAAAGUUUUAGUAGUGAUCACAGAUGGACGAUCUCAAGAUGAUGUGAACCACGUUUCCAGAGAGAUGCAACUAGAUGGAUUCAGCAUAUUUGCCAUUGGAGUUGCAGAUGCUGAUUAUGCAGAACUGGUUAACAUUGGCAGCAAGCCGAGUGACAGACAUGUGUUCUUUGUGGAUGACUUUGAUGCCUUCAAGAAGAUUGAAGAUGAACUGAUCACUUUUGUCUGUGAAACAGCCUCUGCAAUUUCUGGACCAGCACUUGAAACCUUUGUGGGUGAUGAAGUCAACACUAUCCUUAUCUUGAAUUUGCUUAGUGGAACAGAGUAUAAUGUUAAAGUAUUUGCUUCUUACACAACUGGAUUUAGUGAAGCCUUAACAGGAUUUAAAAUGAUGGACAUGUUCGGCUUGGUUGACAAAGAGUUUGCAGCUGUGGAAGGAGUGUCUAUGGAACCUGGAACAUUUAAUGCCUACCACUGUUAUGGACUGCAUAAGGAUGCUUUGGUCUCUCAGCCAACCAAGUACGUACUGAAGAUAAGGCUAUUGUCAGGCACAAGAAUCAGGAUCCUUCACUAAGUCCAAGCACAGAAAUUCUCUGAACCUUAUUCUCUCGUACACUGUGCAGAUGAUGGCAAAACCUUGACUUUCUUCAAUUAUGACUACAAAGGGGAAUUCCAGACGGUAACCUUUGAAGGACCUGACAUAAAGAAAAUAUUUUAUGGGAGUUUCCAUAAGCUGCAUAUUGUUAUCAGCAAAACCACCGCUAAAGUAGUGAUUGAUUGCAAGGAAGUGGGUGAGAAGAUUAUCAACGCAGCAGGAAAUAUCACUUCUAACGGGAUUGAAGUACUGGGAAGAAUGGUUCGAUCAAGAGGACCAAGAGACAGUUCUGCACCAUUCCAGCUGCAGAUGUUUGAUAUCGUUUGUUCCACUUCGUGGGCCAAUAGAGAUAAGUGCUGUGAACUUCCAGCUUUGAGAGAUGAAGAAGGCUGCCCCGCCCUUCCACAUUCUUGCUCCUGCUCUGAAGUCAACAAAGGAUCUCCUGGGCCCUCAGGACCACCUGGAGGUCCAGGGCUCCGAGGUCCGAAAGGAAGCCGUGGUGACGAUGGGCCAAAGGGACCUGAUGGACCUCGGGGUGAAAUGGGUUCUCCAGGCCCUCAAGGGCCUCCUGGACCACAGGGGCCAAGUGGACUUUCAAUCGAAGGACCUCCGGGACCAAAUGGAGAAAAAGGAGAAAGGGGAGAAAUUGGGCGUCCAGGUCUUCAGGGUAUUCCAGGACCAACGGGGUCACCAGGACGAGAUGGAAGCCAAGGUCCAAGGGGACUUCCUGGAGUAAAAGGCGAGAAAGGCGAACGUGGAGAUCUUCAGACCCAUUCAAUGGUACGGGCAGUAGCUCGUCAGGUGUGUGAACAGCUUAUUCAGACUCAUCUGGCUAGAUACAACUCCAUCUUAAAUCAGAUUCCAAGCAACUCGAUCGCUACACGAACUGUCCCAGGCCCCCCUGGUGAACCAGGACGGCAAGGCUUACCUGGGCCACAGGGAGAGCAAGGAGCUUCAGGAAGCCCAGGUUUCCCUGGCAAUCCUGGCCAACCUGGAACCCCGGGAGAAAGAGAUGGAAACAGCUUGUGCAUGAUGGCUACAGGUGAUUCUGGUGGCCCUCUGGUAUGCCAGAACGGCCCAACUUGGUAUCUGGUUGGGAUCGUCUCCUGGGGAAACUCCAGCUGCAACGUCACUAUUCCUGCUGUCUAUGCCCGAGUCUCCAAAUUCCGCAACUGGAUUGACCAAGUAGUAGCCACUCACUGA